UAGUAAGUCCAGCAGAAACUGAAGCUCCACCUCAUUGUCGGAUUACAGCACAGCCGGAGCCGCUCGCUUUCAAAACCUCCCAUAAAUACAUGAACACACACACUGCGCUCAUGUCCACAGACGCCGCGGGCUCACACACACACACACUGCAGAUAUGGAGGAGUCGAAGGAUAUGGAUCGAGGCUUUUUCAGGAAAGUGGACGUUCCUGAUCAUGCACACUACAUAGUGGCGUUUUUUGUGGCCGUCAUCGGGGCUCUAGGAGUGAUCGGAAACCUGCUGGUCAUGUACGCCUUCUUUAGUAACAAGAAGCUGCGGACGCCUCCAAACUACUUCAUCAUGAAUCUGGCAGUGAGUGACUUCCUCAUGGCCAUCACUCAGUCACCCAUCUUCUUCAUCAACUGCAUGUACAAGGAGUGGGUGUUCGGGGAAAUGGGCUGUAAGAUGUACGCCUUCUGCGGAGCUCUGUUUGGGAUCACAUCCAUGAUCAACCUUCUGGCCAUUUCUAUCGACCGCUACAUCGUGAUCACCAAACCACUGCAGGCCAUCCGCUGGACAUCGGGACGGCGAACACUCAUUAUUAUCCUCGUGGUCUGGAUCUACUCGCUGGCCUGGAGUCUGGCGCCACUUAUAGGAUGGAGUUCCUACAUCCCAGAGGGCCUCAUGACCUCCUGCACAUGGGACUAUGUGACGUCCACUCCUGCCAACAAGAGCUACACCUUGAUGCUCUGCUGUUUCGUGUUCUUCAUUCCUCUAGGGAUCAUCUCGUACUGCUACUUCUUCAUGUUCCUCGCCAUUCGGAGCGCAAGCAGGGAUGUGGAGAAGCUGGGUAGCCAUGUGAGGAAGACCACCCUCAUCCAACAGCAGUCCAUAAAGACGGAGUGGAAGCUGGCCAAGAUUGCGUUUGUGGUCAUCAUUGUGUUUGUGCUGUCCUGGUCUCCGUACGCCUGCGUCACACUCAUCGCCUGGGCUGGAUACAGCCACGUUCUUUCUCCAUAUUCCAAGGCAGUUCCUGCGGUGAUUGCCAAGGCAUCAGCCAUAUACAAUCCCUUCAUCUACGCCAUCAUACGCUCCAAAUACAGAGACACGCUGGCCGAGAAGGUACCAUGUCUGCAUUUCCUAGCGCAGUCAUCGCGUAAAGAUGUCUCAGUGUCCAACAGCGAGUCUUCCUUCAGGGAGCACAUGCUGAGCCGACAGUCCUCGGGGUCAAAGGCCAAGUUCCAGCGCAUCUCCUCCAUGUCCACAGCAGAUACGGUCUGGAGUGAUGUAGAAAUAGACCCUGUGGACCAAAAGAGCCAGACGAUCAGAAACUCACAGUCAGCCAGUCUGCUGAGAGACGACAAAUGGAAAGCGCAAACCAAACAGGACUAUCAGAACGACAGGGAGAGCAGUGAAGAGAAGUCUGCAAUCACGGACAGUGGCGGCUCCUUGAGCGGCGGAGGCCUUGACUUGGUGUCCGAAUCCAUCAACAUGGCCACUGUCCCUCUCCUCAUGGCCAAGAACACUGGAGAGGAGGACCAGGAGGAGGAAGAGGACGAGACUCUGACGGGACAGCAGGACAGCAGGUCUCUGAGCCCCAUCAGCAACGACCUGCCUUUUUACCAGGACACAGAGGAGCCACACAUCACCCUCAGCCCCACAUCAGCGGAGCAGCAAAGCACGGAGACCAGAGAAAACAAUCUGAUCCUGGAGCUCAAGAGUCUGAACUGCUCCAGCGAACUCCUGGAGUCUGUGGAGAAGUUUCUCUCCUGAGACCCCGAGUUUGUCUCUAUCUUCUCCUCCUUCUGCUUCUUCACGUGUGUGUUUUACUGAAGACACGUCACAGUCUUCCACAAAGUUUCACAGCAGCAUUAUAGCUGACAAAGCAAUUCAUUUUGUGCAGGUAUUCAGCUAUUAACAAUAGAGAGGAUCAGGGCUAAGGGGUGGUUCUAGGAUUUCAUCCUGAGGCCCUGAUCACACCGAAUGCGCUUUUCCAUUAAGAGGCGCAUCUUUUCAAUUGAUCUGCCUCCCGUUUUUGACAUCACGUUUUUUCAUUCUUCAAUGAAAUUAAAGCAGAGGCGGGGUUUCCAUUGGGGUGACAGCAGUGUUUGUGUUGUCAAGAUGAUUAUUAUAGAUGGAGGAGAAACUAGUGGUCGCUGUUUCGAGAUAUCCAUAGCUGUAUGACUUCACAAAUCAGGAAUAUCACAAUAUUAUUAAAGAGCCCCUAUUAUACAUUUAAAAGGGUCAUAUUUUGGUUUUAAAGGUCUCCAGCAACAGGCUGAACUGCGUGCGAGGUUAAAAAACACAUUCGUUGUCUUAUAAUAUGCAUUUGUUUUUACCUAAUCAUCCCAGCGACUCCCUUAUGAUUCGUUCUCAAUGCCCUCCUUAGCACGAAGCUAAUCUGCACUGAUUGGGCCAAUGACAGCCUGUUGCUAUUGGUCGACUGCGUUCAGUGUGAGGCAGAGUGAAAUGGCCAACAGUGUUGAAGUAGUCCGAGUGCAGAGUGUUUGUUUGAGCAUACCUGCCAACACUCCUGUUUCCA